GCAAUUUUUUCUUCUAGUUGUGUAAUUUAUUUAUCACUUUGCAAACAUAUCUUCGUGCUAUUCCAUCAACUGAAUUAUUCCUAGUGGUGAUAAUUAAAAAUUGCUAGAUUUCAAAGCAGAUAGGUUGGCACUUGGCAGCUGUUCAGAAGAAACAAAAAUUGGCAAAAUGACGCAGUCAUACCCCACUGAUUGGGAUAUAGAGAAGUACCGAAAUGAUACCGACAUUGAGGAGCACUGGCAGCUGCGGAAGGAAUUUUUGAAAGCCCAUAAAGGAAAAUUUCCAGAAGACUACUUAGUUGCUUUAGCUACAGCUUUUACAAAUAUGGAAUUUAUGGGGUGCACUUAUCCAGCCCCUUUGAUGGUGAGAGUGGCCGAAUUAAGUAAAGACAUUGCCAAGAAAUACAGAGAAGUUAAAAAGACGAAAUUGCAAAGAACAUUCGUAUCGGCGUCAAAUGCAGCAGAAAAUAAAAUUAAAAAACGACAGUCUGACCCCGGGACCUACACAAGUAAUAAGAGGCCAAGACAGUGAUAAAAUUUUAUUUAAUUCUUACAAAAAUACAAUUCGUUAGAAAACA